AUGCACAACGCCCUGACCAGCGUGAUACUGUGCAAAAUUGACGAGUCAACGUCUAGUGACUGUACCAAGGACCGAGCUCGAUCGAAUGGAAUAACACUGUUACCAUCCAUUGGUGAUCUUGUAAAGCAGUCUGACUGCUUGCUAUCAAUUGUUCCUCCCCGCGAUGCGUUGGCUACAGCGCAACGUGUCUUUGAUGCGACACCCAUUGACAAGAAUGCAAGACGUCGGCCCCUUUACUACCUGGACUUGAAUGCUAUAUCACCCGGGCUUGCAAUGAAGGUGGAAAGCCUUUUUGCCAGUAAUCCAAAUAUCAUCCUUAUCGACGGUGGCAUCAUAGGAGGCGUGCCGUAUCCGAAGGAAGACUCGCCCACCGGUUGGAACUGCCCGUCACUGAUCGUUUCGGGCCCGACACAGCUUCCUUACUCGAAUCUCGUCGAUCUCCUCAACAUUGACCACAUGGCCGAACAUGUCGGCGCGGCAUCUGGCCUGAAAAUGCUGUUCGGUGCCACUACCAAAGGCUUUUACGCGCUUGCCAUCCAACAAUAUGUGACCGCUGAGGCCUUGGGUAUUCUACCGCAGCUACGAGCGUACAUGAAAAGGUAUAACGCUGACACAAUGGCCAUUGCCGACAAAGGUGUGGUGAGCAUGCCGCCCAAGGCAUACCGCUGGGUAAAUGAGAUGCAGCAGAUUGGGUUGACGAUGCAGGAGAAUGGCGGGUUUAGCAAAGAUCUAUUCGAUGGUGUAGCCGAGGUAUAUCGUGUAGUUGCAGAGGACACUGACCUUGGGUUGGAGCAGCCUGGGCGACGGCAAAGAGUGUCACGCCAACAACGUCCGCUGACGAUAUACUGGUCCAACACGUGGACGAUGGGGGACAACUCGGAGUCCAGUCCUCCAGAUGCAUUGGAGUCCCAGGUUGCUGCUCUGAAAAGCAGCUCAACCAAUUUGCGGACUGAAGCGUUGAGGAAACUGCUGCACGAGAUACAAGGCUCCGAUGAUCAGCCCAUAUCCCCCGAUGCAUUGAAACUUCUGCCUGCCCUUCUCGCAACAUACCCUCGUUACGCCGACAGAAAAUCCCGUCGUGCGGUGCAAUCCUGCCUGCGAGCGUUCCUCCGGAUCCCUACGUCGGCUGACAGCACAUAUCCCGCCAUCACCAAAUUCUUGCUGCAAGAGAGUCAAAAGCCUGUAAUUGCCUCCACAAAUGCCUUUGUCUUACUCGAGUGGUGUUGCAUUGCCCAGCAAGAGAGUCCAUAUAACGAGAAAUCCUUUGAGUCGUGCUUUGGAAAGAUAUGUCUGGCUGCGGCUCGAUUUUUGGAUAAAUGCGAGGACGGGACUGUUCGUGGUGGAGUCCAACACUCCGCAGUGACAAUUGCAAGGAGAGGAUUGCGUGAUGUGUUCAAGACGGAACAGUUUGGGCCAAAGGCUCUGGAGCUUGCUCUCAAGGACGUUGCGCUUUCGCCCGACGCGCACGCAAGCUAUGCUCCAUACGUUGGCAUCAUCGCAGGCGUGAGUUCCCGCAUACCGGAGCGGCAAGAGCAGCUCCAGGCGUCGCGAAAGCAAGUCCUGGACUUUUAUGUCAAGUCUAUCAUUGGCGCCAAGACUACUGUACCUGCUCACCAGGCUUUGGGCCUCGAAGACUUCUUCUCCGACUAUGUCACCGCGAACGAUGUGGGGGAGACCGUGGUGCCGGCUAUCGAGAAGGCUAUCCUUCGCUCUCCAGAGACCAUUCUCCAGGGUCCCAUUGAAGCGCUCGCUUCGUGUUUACCCAAAAAUUUGGAUAUCUCGGAGCUCGUCUCUUCGAAACUGGUAAAGCCGCUUCUCUCAGCGUUGAAUUCUACCAAUGCCACUAUUCGUGAAGGGGCGGGUAGAGCUCUCCUGGCUCUCGUUCAAAGGGGUGGGGAUACUGAUGCUCUCUACAAGACAGCUGGGGAGCUUGCAUCUGCACUGAAAUCAUCAAAAGCCGCGAGCUUUGAAAUGCGUGGUAUCAUUGCUGACGUCUUUGCAAUUAUAACUCCAGGGAUGAAAACCUCAACUGUCAUUGCCCAGGCUAUCGUCGCAGCUGGGUCAAAGGAGGCAAAUGAAGGUGCGCUAAGAAAAGAGCUUGCAGCUGUAGCGCCUCAUCUCCGGGCCAUUCUGUCAUCAUCAGCAAUGGACAAAUCUCUCUCAGACUCCAUUCUGAAAGGUUGCUCCGACAAGCGUCUCAACUUCCGAAAGCUGUGGAUUUUGUGUCUGGCCAGCGUACUCAAGGAGCUGCAGAAUACCCCUUCAGAGACCAGUUCACGGGAUUUUGUCCGUUCAGCGUUGAAAAUUUUGAAAGACGUCCAUGACGAGAUUACACCCAAUCCCUUGCCUGCUACUCAGAAUGGCUACGUUGCUGCAGCGUUCGGUCUUCCUGCACUUUUGGAUGCGCCGGUCUUGAACACGGAAGAGUACGGGUCGAAAGCCUACCAUCAGCUGAGGGGCCAGUUACUCACUACUCAGCCGAAAGUCUCGUUCUUGCUGAAUCCGAAAGUUUACACGAGGAUUUCAUCAAUCGAAGAUAAUCACUGGGCACUUUAUGCACUUGUUGCGGUAGCGACUGAGCUGGAAAGCGCCUCUAUGGAAGCAAAGACAGCUUGGGCUAAGGCAAUACUACAUUUGAUGCUGACACCGGAGGUCGACUCGAAUGUGCGCAAAGAGACUGGAGCAGCGCUAUCACGGGUGUACCUGGACAAACCCGCCUCUGUUGGCCAGAGCAUAGUCCUGGGCAUCUGGGAUGUACUCAGAUCCCGUGCUUUGGAAUUCAACAUCAAUUCCGCGGAUGCCAUACCGCUGAGCGAUAAUCGAAUGCUUCAGGCUAUAAAAAUCAUCUCCCCCACCAAGGACAAGCUGACAGACAAGAAUAUCCCGCACGCCACCUUGGAGAAGCAAUCUAUAUCGACGAUUGUAUUACUCCGCCCAGAGUUGAUCGCAAAAGCAGACUGGAUUGCGACCUGUCUUGCCACGGGUGUGGAUCCUGGCCAGCUGGCUGAAAAGUAUAGGGAUGCUCUGUUCUCAGAAAUCCUUUCGCACUUCGAGAAUGAUAAGUUUGCCCCUCUAAACGUCUUUGAAACUGCCGCUUGCAACGCUGCAGCCACGUUGGCUUUCGUCGCUCCGGACACAUUUACGCCAGCGCUCAUUCGUCAAUUCCGAAGAGACCUCGAUAUCACACUGCUGGAAGGCACAGGGCCCACUGAAGCACUCAUUGCUCGAUCCCCAGAAGGAACGUUAGUAGUGGAUGUGCUCGGCCAGCAAUCGAAUGGUGUCCUGGAUCAGAAGAAUCAAAAGGACUACGAUGUUCUGCAAUGGGAAGAGGAAAUUCGCUCUCAGUUGGCGAAAAAGAAAGGCGCUCCGCCGAAGAAGCUGACCUCGGACCAACAAGCUAAAGUUGAUGCCCAGCUUGCCCAUGAGAAAGCAGUACGAUCGAAGUUGAGGUCGAUCUCAUGCAUGAUGAGACGAGGUGCUAAACUCAUCGACGGCCUGGCUCGUGGUCCACCAACAGAUGCACGACUAUGGAUGUCGUCAGCCAUAACCGCCAUGAUAGGUGCAUUUGAAGCAGGAGUGUCGCUUAUUGUCGAUGACGAGCUCGUUUCCGCUUACCUCGCUUGCUCCGCCAAAGUUUCAGACCGCCUGGGGACGUUGCGGCCCUUCAUCGGCGUAGCCACUCUACGUUCUUUGCGAAGCGCCAACGUCCCUGAGCCCUUAUGCGUGGAGCCUCUGGCCGAACUAGGUACGAGAGUGCUGUACAGGCUCAGGUUUGCGGCUGAGCAACGCCCCUUCGAUACAGCCAGUACUGCUUACGCUUUGCCACUUAUCUUUCAGGUCCUGGAGAAUGGGCGAGUCGGUGAAAUUACGGGAGACGAUGCUGAUGCUCAGGUUCUCCUUGCGUUGGAAUGUUUGUCUUUUCAGAUGGGGUCUGGCGCGGAUGAGCAGCUUCCCAGAGCCGACAUAUUGCGCCACCUGAUCAGUGCGAUGCAGAAAUAUACGCAGCACUAUCGAGUCAUCAAAGAUUGCCUGUUCGACUUCUGUCGAUCGAUUUCUGAGAAUCUGACUGAGGAAGAAAGAGAUAUUCUUUUAUCAUCAGUCACACUUCCCCAGUCGGCGGUCCGCUCUGCCGUGCUCCAAGCAGUUCAAUCCGAGAUCGACUUGUCCGAAAUUGACUUCUCGGUCCAUGUCUGGGUUGCCUGUCAAGAUGAAGAAGAUGAGAACGCUGACACUGCUCUGGCCAUAUGGCAGGAACACGAUUUCAGUGUGACUGACGACCUGAUUGACCAAAUACCUUCUUUCCUGUUCUCAACCGCACGAUCAACACGACUUGCCGCGUCGAAAGCUCUUGCACAAGCACUUCUUCAAACACCUUCUAAGACAGACCCGAUAAUAGCUGGCCUCGAAGAGUCCUACCGUACCGAAGCGCAACCGCUAGUCCCUAAGCGUGAUAAAUUUGGUAUUGUGCAACGAAGAGACUUGAUUGAUCAAUGGGAGAAACGAAGUGGCAUUGCCCUCGCUUUCAGAGAGCUCGCCACAGUACUCAGUCAGGAUGCAAUUAUCCCCUUCAUGAACUUCCUAGUUUCAGAAGGGGCGCUUUCCGAUCGCAAUUCUGGUGUGCGUUCUGAAAUGGUGGAUGCCGGCACUGCUCUAGUAGCCGCACGUGGAAAGGACUGCUUGGAACCUCUCAUGGGGAUUUUCGAGAGAGUUUUGCAGGGUCCUGACAAAGCAACGCAAGAAGCUGAUUGGGUCCAUGAGGCUGUCAUUGUCCUCUACGGCUCGCUCGCGCAGCAUCUGCCUGAUGGGGACAAACGAACACAAAAUGUCAUACAGAAGCUGCUCGACACCCUCAGCACGCCAUCAGAACCUGUGCAGUACGCUGUGGCUAAUUGUCUGCCGCCCUUGCUCCGGCCACAGACCGUGGAUGCCGCGCCUUACAUAUCGUCAAUGCUCGACCAGCUAUUCAACUCUAAGCAAUACGCUGCGCGCAGAGGAGCAGCUUACGGUCUAGCCGGCAUUGUGAAGGGCAAAGGUGUAGCAGCUCUACGCCAUCAUCGGGUAAUGUCGGCACUGCGGAGCGCUACAGAAAACAAAAAGAGCCCAGAGCAGCGGCAAGGUGCCAUGAUGGCCUACGAGCUUUUAUCACUCCUGCUUGGUCGCACUUUCGAGCCAUACGUGAUCGAAGUGUUACCUCAAUUGUUGACGUGCUUCGGAGACCCUGUGGCGUCGGUCCGUGAAGCUACCCUGGACACAGCUAAAACAUGCUUCGCAAGUUUGAGUUCUUUCGGUGUCCGCCGUGUGCUUCCUCCAUUGCUGGAAGGUCUGGAUGAGACACAAUGGCGAAGCAAGAAAGGAGCAUGCGAUCUCCUUGGUGCAAUGGCUUACCUGGAUCCACAACAAUUGGCCACAAGCUUGCCAGAAAUCAUUCCGCCCUUGACGGCCGUAUUGACAGACAGCCACAAAGAAGUGCGAGCCGCAGCGAACAGCAGUCUAAAGAGGUUUGGAGAGGUCAUUACCAAUCCUGAGGUUAAGAGCCUCGUCGAUGUGUUACUCAAAGCUCUCAGCGAUCCGACCAAGUAUACAGAGGAGGCUCUGGAUGGCCUUAUCAAGGUCUCCUUCAUCCACUACAUCGAUGCGCCGUCGUUGGCUCUUGUUGUGAGGAUUCUGGAACGAGGUCUCAAUGACCGUUCUGCAACAAAACGAAAAGCCGCCCAGAUUAUUGGCAGUCUUGCCCAUCUCACGGAGAAACGUGAUAUUGUCACGCAUCUCCCAGUGCUAGUUACUGGCCUACGCCUCGCCUCUGUUGAUCCCGUACCAGCGACCCGGGCUACUGGCUCGAAAGCACUUGGUAGUUUGGUUGAGAAACUGGGUGAAGAUUCCUUCCCUGAUCUCAUACCUAGUCUCAUGUCGUCCCUCCGCACUGAUACUGGCGCAAGUGAUCGUCUUGGGUCUGCUCAGGCUCUCAGCGAGGUUCUUGCCGGUCUUGGAACCGCUCGAUUGGAAGAGACUCUACCAACAAUCUUACAGAACGUUGCAAGCACCAGGGCGACAGUCCGAGAAGGAUUCAUGACACUGUUCAUUUUCUUGCCCGCCUGUUUUGGCAACAGUUUCGCCAAUUAUCUCGCCCAGAUCAUUCCUUCAAUUCUUGCUGGCUUGGCCGACGAGGUUGAAGCUAUCCGUGAGACUGCUCUCAGAGCCGGCAGGUUGCUUGUCAAAAACUUUGCGAGCAAAUCCAUCGACCUGCUUCUUCCAGAGCUGCAACGAGGCUUGGCCGAUGAUAGCUACCGCAUUCGUCUCAGCUCGGUCGAGUUGGUUGGUGAUCUCCUCUUCAACCUCACAGGCAUUACCGGCCAGACAGACGCAGAAGAAGAAGGCGAGAAAGCUACACAAGCUGGGCAGUCUCUGCUCGAAGUUCUGGGAGAAGAACGACGAAACAGAGUACUCUCUUCUCUGUAUAUCUGUCGCUGCGAUACUUCUGGUCAAGUCCGCGCAGCUGCUAUUGCUGUAUGGAAGGCACUUGUGGCUACCCCUAGAACUUUGCGUGAGUUGGUGCCUACACUCAGUCAGAUGAUCAUUGCCCGGCUCGCUUCUUCCAACAUGGAGCACAAAGUCAUCGCAGCAAAUGCUCUUGGCGAGGUCAUUCGCAAGGCUGGCGAAGGUGUAUUCGCUUCGUUGUUGCCGUCGCUUGAAGAGGGUCUACAAACAGCAACAGACUCCGACAAGAGACAAGGUAUCUGCAUUGCGCUGCGCGAGAUCGUCAAUGCCGCUGCACCAGAGUCUUUGGAGGAGCAUGAGAAGAAAUUGAUCGCCAUCGUCAGAUUAGCUCUGACAGAUUCUGAUCCAGAAGUCCGGGAGGCUGCUGCAGAAUCAUUUGACUCACUGCAACAGACAUUCGGCAAGCGAGCAGUCGACCAGGUCCUGCCACAUCUACUCAACCUGCUGCGCAGCGAAGCUGAAGCCGAAAAUGCUCUCUCGGCCUUGCUCACACUACUCACAGAAACCACGAGAGCUAAUGUGAUCCUACCCAACUUGAUUCCAACACUCUUGACCAAUCCUAUCACAGCAUUCAAUGCGCGGGCGAUCGCCUCCUUAGCCAAGGUCGGUAGUGCUAGCAUGACUCGCAGAUUGCCUGCAAUCUUGAACAAUUUGGCCGACAACAUCGUCAACUGCAAAGAUGAAGAACUGCUAGGAGAAUUGAAUGAAGCAUUCGAUGCAGUCUUGUCUUCCGUAGACGAAUAUGACGGUCUCAAUACUGCCAUGAGCGUGAUGCUAGCUAUGAUCAAGCACGAUGAUCAUCGGAGACGAGCAGUGGCUGCCAACCAUCUCGCCGCAUUUUUUGCGAAUCCAACGGUCGACUACUCUCGAUACAACCAAGACCUCAUCCGCGUGCUACUCAUCUCUUUCGGCGAUCGAGACCCAGCAGUCGUCAAAGCAGCCUGGUCCGCCCUCAGUCAACUGCAGUCCCACCUCCGGAAAGAAGAGAUGGAGACACUUGUCGGCUCAACACGCCAGGUCUUGCAACAGGCCGGAACAGCAGGAUCUAUCUUACCUGGAUUUGCACUUCCCAAGGGCAUCCUACCUGUUCUUCAGAUCUUCUUGCAAGGCUUGAUGAAUGGCACUACCGAGCAAAGAGUCCAAUCCGCUAUGGGCAUUUCCGACAUCAUCGACCGAAGCGGUCCAGAUUCUUUGAAGCCUUUCGUAACACAAAUCACUGGCCCGCUUAUUCGUGUCGUAGGCGAGCGAUCUAUGGACGUCAAAUGCGCCAUCCUGUCCACUCUGAACCAGUUACUCGAGAAGGUCCCGACGUUCCUGCGUCCUUUCCUCCCCCAAUUGCAGAGAACUUUCACCAAGUCCAUCGCCGACCCAACAAGCGAUCUACUCCGCAUGCGUGCGACGAAAGCGCUCAGCACACUCAUCACACUGACUCCACGAGUCGACCCUUUGAUCGCCGAACUCGUUACAGGCGCAAAGACCCCCGACGUCGGUGUGCGCAACGCAAUGCUCAAAGCCCUACAAGAGGUUGUCAGCAAAGUCGGUUCGAACAUGAGCGACGCCUCUCGCGAGUCGAUCCUCGGCCUGAUGGACACCCAGCUCGAGGGCCAAGACGACAAUAUGAUGGUAACCAACGCGCGGCUGCUGGGCGCCAUGAUCAAAGUUCUCCCACCAGAGAAGGCAGCAUCGCUUAUCAAAAGUCGUGUCCUCGUCCAGCCGUCCACCAAUUCGUCGAUCCUCGCACUGAACGCUGUCCUUUUGGAGAGCGCAUCAACCUUGUUGUCUAGCUAUGCGGAAGAGAUUAGGGCGGUCCUCGUCACUGGGCUCACUGGAAAGAACAUUUUCGUCCAACAGAACUCAGUACUGGCCUUGGGCAAGUACCUCCUCUCCGACUCCACCGCUUCCGACGAAGAAGCAUGCCAGCCGCUCAUCGAAGCACUCGCGUCAGUCAUCACGCCUGGCGGAGACAUUGACUCGCGCCGCCUCGCGCUCGUAGUGGUACGCACCGUCGCAAGGCACCAUCCCGACGAAACGCGCGUGUUCCUGUCCAUUCUUGUCUUGCCUAUCUUCGCGUGCGUCCGCGACCCGGUCAUCCCGGUCAAACUCGCAGCCGAAGCGGCGUUCCUCGAACUCUUUGGCGUCGUCGACGAGGAGUCCGCCGUCUGGGAGAAGUACAUGGCCGGACCGGGCAAAGCACUCUCACCAGGCCAAGCGCGCCCAAUGAGCGACUACUUCAAACGUGUGGCGUUGAGACUGGGUGCACAGGCACGUGAGAGGCGUGAGGCCGAAGGUGGCGCCGGUGGUCUUGGGUUGAGCUCGGAUGAGCAAGAGGAUGAACGGGAGGUGUGGAGCGUGGGAAGGGUCGAUCUAGGCGAGGGCGGGGUUGAGGAGGACUGA